UAUACCGAUAACAUACCAUACCGUACUAUACUGAAAGAGAAAAAUAUUGAAGAUACAUAUUAUAACUAUACUGAAAGUGCACAAGCGAAUCGCAAAGAAACGAAAAACGAAAAAACAACGCGAAUCAUUGAGUGAACACAAUGCGACGCUCGCAGUGGCGCCGCAGAACGCUCUAGAGCUUUGGAGCUUGCUGCUCCGGUCGUCGCUUGACAAAUACAAACAACGGGCGUUGAGCGGGAGGAGGAGCUAAAGAAGGAGCAGCAGAAGCAGCAGGGGAGGCACCUACGGAAUAGAAUGUUCUCCGGACCCAGCGGCCAUGCACACCACCAUCACCAUACCAUCAGCUACGGUGGCGGAAUCGGAAUUGGCGCUGGUGGUGGUAGCGGGGGCUCUGGUGGUGGGGGUGGGGGCGUUGGAGGGUCUGCUUUGCAAGAAUGCGAUGGCUACGACUUUACCAAGGGAGAGAACGCGGCCCGCUGGCGUAAUCUUUUUACACCGUCUUUGAAAAAGGUUUUGGAGCAGGUUCAUCCGCGCGUCACCGCCAAGGAAGAUGCCCUUCUUUAUGUGGAGAAGCUUUGCCUCCGUCUACUGGCAAUGUUAUGCGCAAAGCCGUUGCCCCACUCCGUUCAGGACGUGGAGGAAAAGGUCAACAAAUCGUUUCCAGCCCCUAUAGAUCAAUGGGCCCUCGCCGAGGCCAAGGAGGUUAUCAAUUCCAAGAAGCGGAAAUCUGUCCUGCCCACAGAGCGGGUUCACACGCUUCUCCAGAAGGACGUGUUGCAGUAUAAGAUCGAUAGCUCGGUUUCAGCUUUCCUUGUGGCCGUUCUCGAAUACAUUUCUGCUGACAUUCUCAAAAUGGCUGGUGACUAUGUUAUUAAAAUCGCACAUUGCGAAAUUACCAAGGAGGACAUCGAGGUUGUAAUGAACGCUGAUCGUGUUCUCAUGGACAUGUUUAACCAGAGCGAGGCCCACAUUCUACCCAGCCCGCUGUCGCUGCCGGCGCAACGAGCCAGUGCCACUUACGAAGAGACGGUCAAGGAACUGAUUCACGAUGAAAAGCAGUAUCAGCGAGAUCUGCACAUGAUCAUACGCGUCUUCCGCGAGGAACUGGUUAAGAUCGUUUCGGAUCCUCGGGAGCUGGAUCCGAUAUUCUCCAACAUCAUGGAUAUCUACGAAGUGACGGUAACACUGCUUGGCUCCCUGGAAGACGUGAUCGAGAUGUCGCAGGAACAGAACGCUCCCUGCGUUGGCAGCUGUUUUGAAGAGCUGGCAGAGGCUGAGGAGUUCGAUGUGUACAAGAAGUAUGCGCAUGACGUUACAUCUCAAGCGUCGCGAGAUGCACUCAGUAAUCUGUUAUCCAAGCCAGGAGCAUCGUCACUUAUAUCCGCCGGACACGGCUUUCGGGAUGCCGUCAAAUACUAUUUGCCCAAGCUGCUAUUGGUUCCUGUUUGCCACGCCUUUGUUUAUUUCGACUACAUUAAGCAUCUCAAAGAUCUCAGCUCGUCGCAGGACGACAUCGAGAGCUUCGAACAGGUCCAAGGCCUGCUGCAUCCGCUUCACUGCGAUCUCGAAAAGGUGAUGGCCGGCCUGUCCAAGGAACGCAUGGUCCCAGUUAGUGGACGUGUGCGUCGACAGCUUGCCAUCGAACGGACCAGGGAACUCCAACUGAAGGUGGAGCACUGGGACGAUAAAGACGUGGGACAGAACUGCAAUGAAUUUAUUCGUGAGGACUCGCUGAGCAAGCUGGGAUCUGGCAAGAGAAUAUGGAGCGAGCGCAAGGUCUUCCUUUUCGAUGGCCUAAUGGUGUUGUGCAAGGCAAAUACGAAAAAACAGACACCAUCAGCGGGCGCUACUGCCUACGAUUACCGGCUAAAAGAGAAAUUCUUCAUGAGGCGGGUGGAAAUCAUUGACCGGGCGGACAGUGAUGACCUCAAGAACAGUUUCGAGUUGGUCACUCGAAUGCAGCCGGCCCUAGUAUUGACCGCUAAAAACGCACAACACAAGCAUGAUUGGAUGGCGGACCUGCUGAUGGUGAACACAAAGUCAAUGCUGGAUCGAAUACUGGACAGCAUACUGCAGGACAUUGAAAGAAAGCAUCCAUUGCGAAUGCCUAGUCCGGAAAUUUAUAAAUUUGCAGUGCCGGAUAGCGGUGAUAACAUUGUACUUGAGGAUCGGGAGAGUGCUGGGGUUCCGAUGAUUAAGGGUGCGACGCUGUGUAAAUUGAUUGAGCGGCUCACCUAUCACAUCUACGCGGAUCCGACCUUUGUGCGUACCUUCCUUACCACAUAUCGAUACUUCUGCUCGCCUCAACAGCUCCUGCAGCUGUUGGUGGAGCGUUUUAACAUACCCGAUCCCAGUCUGGUGUAUCAGGAUGCUGGCAUAACGGGAACUGGAGGAAUCGGCGGCGGUUGCGGCGAUAAGGAGCAUAAGAAUUCGCAGCGUGAGGACUGGAAGCGCUACCGCAAGGAAUACGUCCAGCCAGUGCAGUUCAGGGUACUGAACGUACUUCGCCACUGGGUUGAUCAUCACUUUUACGAUUUUGAGAAGGAUCCAAUGCUGCUGGAGAAACUCCUUAACUUUCUGGAGCAUGUGAACGGCAAGUCUAUGCGCAAAUGGGUUGACUCUGUACUCAAGAUUGUUCAACGAAAGAACGAACAGGAAAAAAGCAAUAAAAAGAUUGUCUACGCCUACGGGCACGAUCCACCACCCAUUGAGCAUCAUCUCAGCGUCCCAAAUGAUGAGAUCACCCUUCUUACUUUACAUCCCCUCGAACUGGCUCGACAGCUUACAUUGUUGGAGUUCGAGAUGUACAAGAAUGUAAAGCCCUCCGAGCUCGUGGGCUCUCCGUGGACUAAAAAGGACAAGGAGGUGAAGAGCCCCAACUUACUAAAAAUCAUGAAACACACAACCAACGUGACCCGCUGGAUAGAGAAGUCCAUCACCGAGGCGGAAAACUACGAAGAACGUUUGGCCAUCAUGCAGCGGGCUAUCGAAGUGAUGAUGGUGAUGCUGGAGCUUAACAACUUCAAUGGAAUCCUCUCAAUUGUCGCAGCCAUGGGUACAGCAUCGGUUUAUAGACUUAAAUGGACAUUCCAGGGAUUGCCAGAGCGAUACAGAAAGUUUUUGGAUGAGUGUCGCGAGCUAAGUGAUGAUCAUCUGAAGAAGUACCAAGAACGAUUGCGGUCUAUUAAUCCCCCUUGUGUGCCAUUCUUCGGUCGCUACCUGACCAAUAUACUCCACUUGGAGGAAGGCAAUCCCGAUCUACUAGCCAAUACGGAACUAAUUAACUUCUCGAAGAGACGGAAAGUGGCCGAGAUUAUCGGGGAAAUCCAACAGUACCAAAAUCAACCAUACUGUCUGAACGAGGAGUCCAGUAUUCGACAAUUCUUCGAGCAACUAGAUCCGUUCAAUGGUCUGUCCGACAAACAGAUGUCCGACUAUCUCUACAACGAGAGCAUGCGCAUCGAGCCAAGGGGCUGCAAAACGGUGCCGAAGUUUCCUCGUAAAUGGCCGCACAUUCCGCUUAAAUCGCCGGGCAUCAAACCUCGCCGCCAGAAUCAAACCAGCAGCAGCAACAAGGUAAACAGCACUUCAUCUGCGGCCGCAUUAGCAUCGACCACGGCCACCACAAUAGCCACAGCCGCUGCCCCAUCUGCCCAGGCUUCGAGCACAGUAGAUCCAAUGGCAACGUCGACCAAUGCUGCAACUGGAACUCUCGCCGCAGCAGACCAUAGCCCACAGCACAAUCCUAAUGCGUUCUCGGUUUUCGCGCCAGUCAUAAUACCGGAUCGGAGCGGGAGUACUGUAAGUAGCUGGAGCGGCACGCCUCUACAUACGAGGAUGGCACCGGUGGACAACAAUAAUGGGGAGGUUGCAGUGCCGGCACCGCAUCUCCCCCGCAAACCAGCGGCCCACGUGUGGUCUAACAAUCCUAGUCUGGCCAAUGCGUCCGCCAUGGAUGCGUUCAGUCCGUCGCUGCCUGAACACUUGCAACUGCAAUCGCUGCCGGACAGCAAUACUUUCGCUGAUUCGGAUGCCCCGCCCUCUCCUCUGCCAAAGCUGGUGGUCAGCCCGCGUCAUGAGACUGGAAACCGCUCCCCAUUCCACGGACGAAUGCAAUACAGCCCAACGCACAGUAUCGCUAGUACUGUGACACUAAUGGGAAUGGCUGGAGGUAACCUUGCUGCAGAGGAAGUUAGCCCCCAGACGGGCGGAUUCUAUUACAAUAGCGCCAAUCAGGGUCACACCGGAGCAGUGCCCAUCUCACCCCACGUCAAUGUCCCUGCGGCUUCAACUUUGGAAUAUCGGGCGGUGCCGCCUCCAUUACCGCCGCGCCGCAAAGAGCGCACGGAUAGUUGCGCGGAUAUGGCCCAGAAGCGACAGGCGCCAGACGCACCAACAUUACCCCCGCGUGAUGGCGAACUGAGUCCCCCGCCAAUACCACCACGGCUCAACCAUUCCAUGGGCAUUAGCUACUUGCGUCACAGCCAUGGUCAGGGCAAAGAAUUUGUGGGAAAAAGUAGUUUGCUCUUGCCCAACACAAGCAGUAUUAUGAUUCGGCGGAACUCUGCGAUUGAGAAACGGGCUGCGGCCGCUGGCCAACAAACGGAGCCAGUGGCAAUGGGUAUGCCCAACACUACCUUGGUGACGGUGUCGCAAAGUGCGGCGAUGGACGACCAGCCGCCACAGUCAAUCUCGCCUGCCCUGAGCUCAUCAACCACCACGUCGCCACACACAUCAACUCCCGCCACACCCAUGUCGCCCAACAUUCCCAGCCAUCCGGUGGAGAGCACGUCGAGCAGCUAUGCGCAUCAAUUGCGAAUGCGACAGCAGCAGACCCAUUCGGCGAUCUACACCCACCACCAGCAUCAUGCAGCGCAGCAUCUUCCUCACCACCAUCCCCAGCACCAGCACUCGAAUCAAUCGCAAUCGCGUUCGUCCCCCAAAGAGUUCUUUCCGAUAACCAGCAGCUUAGAGGGCACUCCCAAACUUCCACCAAAACCUAGUCUGAGCGCAAACUUCUAUAACAAUUCAGAUAAAGGUACGAUGUUUCUUUACCCAAGUACAAACCAAGAAUAAUUUAAAUUGCCUGGCGAUGUGAUAGGACUAACAAACUAUGAUCCGUAUGAUUCAUUGUUGAGGGUACCGCAGCUAUAUAAGAAUGGAACGUAAGAUACAUAUAUACGUAGGCACAGACAGUUAUGUAUUCUAGUUGGCAUACAUGUAUGUAUGAGAAUAUGGACCGAGUUGGAUCUGAGGAUUUUUAUUAUUAGAAACUCAUUAAAAAAAGUACACUCUCAUUUACAAAGGAAACACACCACAAGGAAAACUCACAAAAACAAACAAAAAAAAUGCAAAAAGGAAAUUAUGUUAUUAUAUAAUUAUUAUUAUAAAUAUUUGUAAAUAUUGAGAACAUUGUAUUGAUUGUAGAACGUAAAACAAUAAAAUAUAACAAUAUUGUUAGACA